AUGGACUGCUCCAAAGCGGCGUGUCCGGUGCUCUGUAGUGGAAACGGGCAGUACGACAAGGGCUCGUGCGUGUGCUACAGCGGCUGGAAGGGCCCCGAAUGCGAUGUCCCCGUCACUCAGUGCAUAGAUCCGCUGUGCAGUGGCCACGGGACGUGCACGGACGGGAAUUGCGUCUGCUCCAUCGGGUACAAGGGAAGCAGCUGUGCAGAGGCAGUGGAUUGCUUGGACCCCACUUGCUCCAACAAUGGUAUCUGUGUGAAUGGGGAGUGUCACUGUAAGCCAGGCUGGGGAGGUCUCCACUGCGAGCUGCCCAGAGCCCAGUGCCCGGACCAGUGCCACGGACAUGGAGCCUUCAUCCCGGACACCGGCCUGUGUAGCUGCGACCCCAACUGGAUGGGCCCCGACUGCUCCAUGGAGGUGUGCUCGGUGGACUGCGGCACCCACGGCGUGUGCAUGGGAGGGGCUUGCCGCUGCGAGGAGGGAUGGACCGGAGCGGGCUGCGACCAGCGCGUGUGCAACCCCCUCUGCAUCAAACAUGGCACCUGCAAAGACGGGAAGUGCCAGUGCCACCAGGGCUGGAACGGAGAGCACUGCACCAUUGACCAUGGGAGCAUGGUUGACAAAGCAGAUGGAUGUCCCAACCUGUGCAACGGAAAUGGGCAGUGCACCAUGGGGCAGCAGAGUUGGCACUGCGAAUGCCAGACGGGGUGGAGAGGUCCGGGCUGCAGCGUGGCCAUGGAGACAUCCUGUGCAGACAACAAGGACAACGAAGGAGAUGGACUCACCGACUGCAUGGACCCAGACUGCUGCAUCCAGAGCCCCUGUCAGAACAGCCCCCUGUGUCGAGGCUCCAGGGACCCCCUCCUGGUGAUCCAGCAGAGCCCUGUGUUCCUGCCCCGCGUCCGCUCCUUCUACGACCGCGUCAAGAUGCUGGUGGGGCGAGACAGCACGCACGUCAUACCCGGAGAGAAUCCAUUCAACUCCAGUUUGGCAUCGCUGAUCCGUGGCCAGGUGCUGACCACAGACGGGACCCCUCUGGUUGGUGUGAACGUGUCUUUUGUCAACUAUCCUCAAUACGGAUACACUCUCACGCGCCAGGAUGGAAUGUUCGACCUGCUUGCUAACGGCGGAGCAUCGCUAACGCUACGGUUCGAGCGGGCCCCUUUCCUGAGCCAGGAGUGCACCGUGUGGCUGCCCUGGAGCCAGUUUUACGCCUUGGAGACGCUGAUGCUGAAGACGGAGGAGAACACCAUCCCGGGCUGCGACCUGAGCGGAUUUGUGCGGCCGGAUCCUCUGGUCAUCACGUCGCCUCUGUCCUCCUUCUUUAGCUCCAAACCCGGAGAGAAGCCCAUCGUUCCAGAGACGCAGGUGCUGCAUGAGCAAAUCGAGGUUCCCGGUACAACACUGAAGCUGUGCUACCUCAGCUCUCGCACUCAGGGGUACCGCUCCCUGCUCAAAGUGACCAUGACCCCCGCCGUGGUGCCCAUGGGCCUGCUCAAAGUUCACUUGAUGGUGGCAGUGGAGGGACACUUGUUCCAAAAGUGGUUCCAUGCCUCUCCCAACCUGGCCUACACAUACAUCUGGGACAAGACUGACGCGUAUGGGCAGAGGGUGUACGGCCUUUCUGAGUCUGUGGUGUCUGUGGGCUAUGAGUACGAGUCGUGUGCCAGCCUGGUCCUGUGGGAGAAGAGAAUCGCUCUGCUGCAGGGCUUCGAGUUGGACCCUACCAACCUGGGCGGCUGGUCUCUGGACAAGCACCACAUCCUCAACACCCGCAGUGGAAUCCUCCACAAGGGGAGCGGAGAGAACGUGUUCGUGACUGAGCAGCCCCCUGUGAUCAUCAGUGUGAUGGGCAAUGGCCGCCGCCGCAGCAUCUCCUGUCCCAGCUGCAAUGGACUCGCGGACGGGAACAAACUGUUGGCCCCGGUUGCCUUGGCGAUGGGCACAGAUGGGAGUCUGUAUGUGGGAGACCUCAACUUUGUGAGAAGGGUUUAUCCGUCCAUGAACACCACAGGCAUCCUGGAGCUCAGGAACAAGGAUUUCCGGCACAGUAACAACCCCACACAUAAGUACUUCAUGGCGGUGGACCCUGUAUCCGGGGCGCUGUUCAUUUCGGACACAAACUCGCGGCGGAUCUACCGUGUGCGGUCGCUAGCCGGUGGGCGUCUGCUGUCGGACAACGCAGAGGUGGUGGCCGGCACCGGGGAGCAGUGCCUGCCCUUCGACGAACGCUGCGGAGACGGAGGGAAGGCCACGGAAGCGACGCUCAUGAGCCCCAAGGGCAUCGCGGUGGAUAAAAACGGCUUGAUGUACUUUGUCGACGCCACCAUGAUCCGAAAAGUGGACCAGAACGGCAUCAUCUCCACGCUGCUUGGGGCCAAUGAUUUGACUUCGGUGCGGCCGCUGAGCUGUGACACCAGCAUGGACGUCAGCCAGGUUCGCCUCGAGUGGCCCACGGACUUGGCAGUGAACCCUAUGGACAACUCCCUCUAUGUGCUGGAAAACAAUGUGAUCCUACGCAUCACUGAGAACCACCAGGUGAGCAUCAUCGCCGGGCGCCCCAUGCAUUGCCAGGUCCCGGGUAUCGACUACAGCCUCAGUAAAUUGGCGAUCCACGCUGCUUUGGAGAGCGCCACAGCCAUCGCAUUGUCUCACACUGGCAUCCUCUACAUCGCCGAGACGGACGAAAAGAAAAUCAAUCGCGUUCGACAGGUGAGCACUAACGGAGAGAUCUCGCUGCUGGCCGGAGCCGCCUCUGACUGCGACUGCAAGAACGACGUCAACUGCAACUGUUUCUACGGAGACGAGGGUUACGCCCCGGACGCCGGCCUGAACUCCCCCACGUCUCUGGCCGUGUCCCCCGACGGCAGCCUCUUCAUCGCCGACCUCAACAACAUUCGCAUCAGGGCCGUGAAAGCCAACAGACCCGGCCCGGCGGUGUCCAGCGUGGGGUUCGGGGGCAUCGCUCAGUACGAAGUGGCGUCGCCGAGAGAGCAGGAGCUGUAUGUCUUCAACGGAGAAGGUCAACACAUACAGACGGUCAGCUUAGUAACCGGCGAGCCUCUGUAUAACUUUACCUACGGCCCGGACGGGGAGCUCAGCAUGCUUUCCGACAACUGCAACAACUCGGUGAAAGUCAGGAGAGACGGGGCGGGGCAAGGCGGAGGGGCCGGCCUGCUCAGACUGGUCCUGCUCCCCGAAAACCAAGUGGUGACCCUGGGAUUGGACCCGACUGGGGGGCUAAGGAGCGUGUCGGCCCUGGGUCAGGAGGUGGCUCUGAUGGGCUACAGCGGAAACACAGGGCUUCUAGCUACAAAAGCAGACGAGACCGGGUGGACCACUUUUCACCAGUACGACAGCGAGGGCCGCCUGACCAACGUGACAUACCCCACGGGGAUGGUCACCAGUCUGCACCGCGAGAUCGAACGCUCCAUAAACAUCGACAUUGAGAGCUCCAGCCGGGACGACGACGUCACGGUCAUCACCAACCUGUCGUCUGUGGAGGCCUCCUACACUGUGGUACAAGACCAAGUAAGGAACAGCUAUCAGCUCUGCAACAACGGCACCUUGCGGGUCAUGUACGCCAACGGGAUGGGCAUCAGCUUCCACACGGAGCCCCAUAUUCUCGCCGGCUCGGUCAGUCCAACCAUUGGGCGCCGCAACAUCACCCUGCCCACCGACAACGGCCUCAACUCCAUCGAGUGGCGGCUGCGGAAAGAGCAGACCAAAGGCAAGGUGACGGUGUUCGGCAGGAAGCUCAGGGCUCACGGCCGUAACCUCCUCUCCAUCGACUUUGACCGCAACACCCGCACGGAGAAGAUUUACGACGACCAUCGAAAGUUCACGCUGCGCAUCAUGUACGACGCGCAGGGCCGGCCCGCCAUGUGGCUCCCCAGCAGCAGCCUGGCCGUGGUCAACGUGUCCUACUCCAGCACGGGGCACCUGGUGGGUCUGCAGAGGGGCAGCAUGAGCGAGAGGACCGAGUUCGACACCCAGGCGCGCAUCCUCUCACGCGCUUUUGUGGACGGGAAGAUCUGGAGCUACAGUUACCUGGACAAGUCCAUGGUGCUGCUGCUCCAGAGCCAGCGUCAGUACGUGUUUGAGUUCGACUCGGCGGGCCGGGUCACCGCGGUAACCAUGCCCAGCGUGGCACGUCACACCAUGUUCACCCACGUCUCCGUCGGCUACAUCCGCAACACCUACAACCCGCCGGAGAGCAACGCUUCUAUCAUCCACGACUUCUGCGAGGACGGGAGACCCCAGGCCGUGCAGUACCUGGGCACGGGCAGACGAGUCCUCUACAAGUACGGCAAACUCUCCAAGCUGUCCGAGAUCGUCUACGACAGCACGGUGGUCACUUUCGGCUAUGACGAAACGGCAGGCGUGCUCAAGAUGGUCAACCUGCAGAGCGGCGGCUUCUCCUGCACCAUACGCUACCGCAAGAUGGGGCCGCUGAUAGAUAAGCAGAUCUAUCGGUUCAGCGAGGAGGGGAUGGUGAACGCCCGCUUUGACUACACCUACCACGACAACAGCUUCAGAAUCGCCAGCAUGAAGCCAGUCAUCAGCGAGACGCCGCUGCCCGUCGAUCUCUACAGAUACGACGAAAUCUCUGGCAAGGUGGAGCACUUUGGGAAAUUCGGGGUAAUCUACUACGACAUCAACCAGAUCAUCACCACGGCUGUCAUGACUUUGAGCAAACACUUUGACACCCACGGGCGCAUCAAGGAGGUGCAGUACGAGAUCUUCCGCUCGCUCAUGUACUGGAUGACGGUCCAGUACGACAGUAUGGGACGUGUGGUGAAGAGGGAGCUGAAGAUUGGCCCCUACGCCAACACCACGCAGUACAAGUACGACUACGACGGAGACGGCCAGCUCAGCGGAGUCAAGGUGAACGACUGGUCGACGUGGCGCUACAGCUACGACUUGAACGGGAACCUCCACUUACUGAAUCCCGGAAACACGGCCCGCAUCUUGCCCCUGCGCUACGACCUCCGCGACCGCAUCACGCGCCUGGGGGACGUUCAGUACAAAGUGGAUGAGGACGGUUACCUGAGCCAGCGCGGGUCUGACGUGUUCGACUAUAACUCCAAAGGCCAGCUGCUGAGGGCCUAUAACAGGGGUCCGGGGGGCUGGAGCGUGGUCUAUCACUACGACGGCCUCGGACGAAGGGUGUCCACGCGGAACAGCAUGGGACAGCACCUGCAGUUCUUCUACGCCGACCUCAACCAUCCCACCAGGGUCACCCACAUAUUCAACCACUCCAGCUCAGACAUCUCGUCGCUCUACUAUGAUCUGCAGGGCCACCUCUUUGCAAUGGAGGUGAGCAGCGGAGAGGAGUAUUACAUCGCUUCAGACAACACUGGCACUCCGCUGGCCGUCUUCAGCAGCAACGGUCAAAUGAUCAAACAGGUGCAGUACACAGCCUACGGGGAGGUCUACCUGGACUCUAACCCGGAGUUCCAGCUCGUGGUGGGCUUCCAUGGGGGCCUCUACGACCCCCUGACCAAACUAGUUCACUUCACCCAGAGAGAUUAUGACGUAUUGGCCGGACGCUGGACCUCUCCUGACUACAGCAUCUGGCCCAAGAUUGGCAAAGACCCCUCCCCAUUCAACCUGUACAUGUUCAAGAACAACAACCCACUCAGCGACAUGUUGGACGUCAAGAACUAUGUCACAGAUGUGAAGAGCUGGCUCGUCAUGUUUGGUUUCCAGCUCAGUAACAUAAUCCCCGGAUUCCCUCGACACACGCUCUACUUUGUGGAGCCGCCGUUUGAACUGCUGGCAACGCAGCACUGCGAGAACGGACAGCUGAUCACAGGCGUGCAGCAGGCGGCCGAGCGCCACAACCAGGCCUUCAUGGCGUUGGAAGGUCGUCUUCUGAACAAGGAGCGACGGCGCAGGAAAGACAAGCCUGGACACUGGUUCGGCACCAGCACCCCCAUCAUUGGCAGAGGGGUGAUGCUGGCCCUGAAGGAGGACCGGGUGGUGGCUGCGGUCUCCUCCCUGGCCUCUGAGGACAGCAGGAAAAUCGCACUGGUCCUGAACGGGGCCCAGUAUCUGGACGGGACGCACUACACCCAGGACGGGAAAGAUUGUCAUUAUUUCGUGAAGGUGGGCUCUGCUGACAGCGACUUGUUGGCUUUGGGGUUGACUAAUGGGCGCAAGUCUCUGGAGAGCGGCGUGAAUGUGACCGUGAGCGGGCGGUCGAGGAGAGGCGUGACAGUGGAGUUUGCAGCGCCCUCUCUGGUCCUUAGUGUGCGUUACGGUUUAGCUGUGGACGUGGUGGAUGAGGAGAAGGUGAGACUCUUGGAGCUGGCCCGGCAGAGGGCGCUGGCUGGGGCCUGGGCCAAAGAGCAGCAGAGAGCACGGGACGGGAAAGGGGGCAGCCGGCUGUGGACGGAGGGUGAGAGGCAGCAGCUGCUCUCGGCAGGGAAAGUGCAGGGCUAUGAGGGCUACUACGUCCUGCCUGUGGAGCAGUACCCUGAGCUGGCCGACAGCAGCAACAACAUCCAGUUCCUCCGACAGAACGAGAUGGGCCGCAGGUAA